GUAGCAGGGGUCUGCUGUGUGGUAGGACAGAAGGAGGACAGAGCAGGCUGUAAGGUUGUGUGGGGUGAUGGGUCUGCUGUGUGGAAGGACAGAAGGAGGACAGAGCGGGCUGUAAGGUUGUGUGGGGUGAUGGGUCUGCUGUGUGGAAGGACAGAAGGAGGACAGAGCAGGCUGUAGGGUUGUGUGGGGUGAUGGGUCUGCUGUGUGGAAGGACAGAAGGAGGACAGAGCAGGCUGUAGGGUUGUGUGGGGUGAUGGGUCUGCUGUGUGGAAGGACAGAAGGAGGACAGAGCAGGCUGUAUGGUUGUGUGGGGUGAUGGGUCUGCUGUGUGGAAGGACAGAAGGAGGACAGAGCAGGCUGUAGGGUUGUGUGGGGUGAUGGGUCUGCUGUGUGGAAGGAGAGAGGUUCCUCCAUAUCUAUUCCAUUAGAGGUGUCUGCAGGCAUCUAUCUAUCUAUCUCUGGAUACAGAUAUCAAUUAUGACAUGGUGCACUACGGCCACUCCAACCAGCUGAGACAGGCUAAGGCCAUGGGAGAUUACCUCAUCGUUGGAGUACAUACAGAUGUAAUAUACAGUCAUUUCCCUUCUCUCCCUCCAGAAGAGAUCUCGAAGCACAAGGGUCCUCCUGUCUUCACCCAGGCAGAGAGGUAUAAGAUGGUGCGGGCUAUCAAGUGGGUGGAUGAGAUCGUAGAGGGUGCUCCCUAUGUCACCACACUGGACACACUGGACAAAUACAACAGUGACUUCUGCAUCCACGGAGAUGACAUCACUCUGACGGUGGACGGUAAGGACACGUAUGCGGAGGUGAAGAGAGAGGGCCGGUACCGGGAGUGUAGACGCACCCAGGGGGUCUCCACCACAGACCUGGUGGGCCGCAUGCUGCUCAUGACUAAAACCCACCACAGUAAUAACAUUGACAACUCAGACUACCAGCAGCACACGGACAACUUUGGGAAGGGUCCUAAGGGCCACAGUCCAUGGACAGGAGUGUCCCAGUUCCUCCAGACUUCCCAGAAGAUCAUCCAGUUUGCCUCAGGACAGGAGGCCCAACCUGGGGACACCAUCAUCUACGUAGCCGGGGCCUUCGACCUCUUCCACAUUGGUCAUGUUGACUUCCUGGAGACGGUCUACAAACAGGCUGAGAGGCCUUACGUCAUCGUGGGACUGCACUUUGACCAGGAAGUGAAUCGCUACAAAGGGAAGAACUACCCAAUCAUGAACAUCCACGAGAGAACCCUGAGUGUCCUGGCCUGCAGGUAUGUAUCAGAGGUGGUGAUUGGGGCUCCCUACGCUGUGGGUAAAGAUCUGCUGGACCACUUCAAGGUGGACCUGGUGUGUCAUGGGAAGACAGAGGUGUUUCCUGACAGGGACACUGCAGACCCUUAUGCUGAGCCUAAGAAGAGAGGUAUCUUCCGUACAGUAAACAGUGGUAACGGUUUGACCACCGAUGACAUCGUACAGAGAAUCAUCAAGAACCGGCUGCAGUUUGAGGCAAGGAACCAGAAGAAGGAGGCCAAGGAGAUUGCGGUGUUUGAGGCGAUGAAACGCCAGGCAGAGGGAGAGCAGGCCGGGGACACGGCCCAGGCAGCACAGUAACCAGAUCAAACUAGUUAAAACCAGACCCAGCUGUCCCAAAACUGAUCCUAACCCAGCAUUUCCCAAACUAGAGAAACUCUGAAAUAACUUUUUUUUAAAUUGCGUUUGGUUCAUAGAACUGGGGUUAUGUCAGUAACCUCCGGUAGCUGCUAGAUGCCGUUGUAAUAAUGAGAGCGGUUUUGGUUUUCUUUCUUCCUAUCUUUUGAACGGUUUAAUCUACGGUUUCUCUCUACAAUGCCAGAAGCCUCAGAACAGAGUGGACAAGACCAGGCACUAAAAUCAGACUGGAGGAAAAAUAACAAUCAAUGGUGUUAUUUUCUACACAGAAGAUCAAACUAAAUGAUUACCUGAUGACCUUCUCUACUUCCCAAUACUUUUCUGAUGCAUUUGUCACUUCAAACAAUCCUUCAUAUUGAAACACCGUCAAAUGUACUGUCAACUGAUUUGUAAUAGACGGUCAUAGUCCCAGUUUAAGAACCAAACAUUGGCUGUUGAUUUCAUCACCUUUUUUAAAAAUAACAAAAUGGGGUCGCAGAACAAACAAGUUUGGGAACCUCUGUCCUAACCAGUUCAAAAUGGUUCAAACACGACCCAAAACAGGGUCCGACUGAACCGAGCCAGCCCAAACCAGUCUAGUCCUACUACUUGUAGUGUAUACACAUCCUUUAGUGAAGCAUUGCCUGCUGGCCCGUCCUAGACCGGCUUUACCCCCCAAGUCCACAACGGGCCAAACUCAUUCCGCCGAGUGUCUGCGGGUUUUCACUCCCUUGUACUUGAUUGACGAAUUAAGGUCAGUAAUUAGUAAGGAACUCUCCUCACCUGGUUGUCUCGGUCUUAACUGAAAGGACAAACCAGCAGACACUAGGCCCUCCAUGGAAUGAGUUUCCACCUGACCCAAACCGGAUCAGACCAGAUCAAACUGCAGAACCAGACUCAAACCAAGACACCUCCUCACCUUCACCAGCUAACGAGAACACAAAAAUAACCCUCUCCCCCUGUCAGUGGAGGCUGCUGAGGGGAGGAUGGCCCAUAAUAAUGUCUGGAGUGGAAUAGCUGUAAUGAAGUGUGUUAAAUCUUAUCACACUUUCAGGCAGAAAGAAAGGAAGGAGAGGAAAGAAAGAUGGAGAAAAUAAUCCAAAGUGUGACUGUGAUGAAAAAGAGAACAUUGAGAGACUUGUGAAGAAGAGAGAAAAGUCUAUGUAGUUGUGUGUGUGUGUGUAUAUUUAGUAGUGCCUUUAGUCUGAUCUACCAAAUGGCACACUAUUCCCUAUGGACCCUGGUCAAACGGCAGCUGACCCCAGCCCUGCGGUUACGGCCGCUGACCCCAGCCCUGCGGUUACGGCCGCUGACCCCAGCCCUGCGGCUACGGCCGCUGACACCAGCACACAUACAUGUCAGAGUUGACGUAGCUGCUCAGCCUGAAGUGUCCCCACUUGCGCCAUCGAAUAACUGUCUGCUCUGUGGCGUGACCGGUAUGACUUCACGUGGGUGGUCACGUGUGGCUCUGUGGCGUGACCGGUACGACUCUUCACGUGGGUGGCUUGUGGCGUGACCGGUAUGACUUCACGUGGGUGGCUUGUGGCGUGACCGGUAUGACUUCACGUGGGUGGCUUGUGGCGUGACCGGUAUGACUUCACGUGGGUGGUCACGUGUGGCUCUGUGGCGUGACCGGUAUGACUCUUCACGUGGGUGGUCACGUGUGGCUCUGUGGCGUGACCGGUAUGACUCUUCACGUGGGUGGCUUGUGGCGUGACCGGUACGACUCUUCACGUGGGUGGUCACGUGGGUGGUCACGUGUGUUUGAGGCAGACGUCUUGGGUUGGCGCCUCUCUAGGAGCCGACAGGCGGAAGGUGGUGCUCUUUAAGCAAGCAGCAUGACCUCCUUCACAUGGCUAUGGGUUGGAAUCCGGCCCACUAUCUCAUCAAUAAACAGUGGACUAUAUAGGGAAUAGGAUGCCAUUUGAUGCACCCCUCUGUCUUGUAUGGAACAGGAUGAUUCACCCCUCUGUCAAUGUUUUCUUUUCUUCUUUCUAAUGUGUUGGUAUGUGGAUAAUUCAUUUAGAACAUUUUUUAGAGAGGUAUGGACAAUGAAUGGGGGAGUCAAGUGUGUGUGUGUAUGCAUGAGAGACUGUUUUAAAGGGAGUGUGUGCGAAUGAAAAAUGAAUAACAAAACAAAUGGGCAUGUAUAUUGUAUGGCUCUACCCCUCUAAAGUUGCUCUGUAAAUCUGUCAAUUAAUUGUCCGGUAAUGACAAGAAAAUACAAAAUACUGUUCCCAUUA